AUUUUAAACGCAACAAAAAGAGAUAUUACGACGAAUAAUACAUCUACGAGUUUCACUGGACUUUGUCGCUCCAGUUGAGUGAAUACGGCACUGGGCAUCCCGUGAAAUGCGGCCCAGCGGCGAGAAAAACGGGGACCCGGCCUGAGCGAGCGAAAGCAUCACUGGGCAUUACCAGUCCGGAGUAUACGGCAGUCGUCUCGUGGCGAUCGGUAAGGAGUCUCUUGAGACUCGUAGACAUAGAACGACGCGAUGAUUAGAUCUGGAGGCUAGGCAUCUAAAACUUAGGCUCGGACGGUGCAUAAUUGGCGGCGACUGACAAUGUGGAAUGCGCGCUUUCUGAGAGAUUACGAAUCUGGAGGCGAAAGGAAGCACAGGCGGAAAGCCAGGUGAGAUGACGACGGCCACGAGUCGAGGACACGUCGCGAGUUAGCGGGCUUCCCGCCAUCUACUACUCUCGGCGCCGCCAGAAUGACAGCUACGUGGAAUUGAACAAUUUGCGUCUCUCGAAGUCAGAGUGGCACGUUCGAGUCGAUUGACAAGACAAGUACAUACUGGGGAGAAGAAUAUUUCUUUAAACAGAAAACAUAAUAUAAUUCAUGCUUUACGGAGAUGUAUGAUAUACUUCGAGAAGAAGAAAAGAAAACAUUGAAGAGAAGAAAAAAAGAAAGAAGCGUGUGAAUGUUACGAGAAGAGAAUUGAUAUAAAAUCUGUGCUUCGCGUCUGAACCUACUGAAGCGAAGGGCACCGAAGUCGGAGAGAGACGCGAAGGGGACGCGUAAUAGAGAGGAAUCGGUGUUACUCAUGGCAUUGCGCCGGGGAUUAGUGUACGAGAGACUGGUAUGUCGAUUGUAAGCAGCAUAGGCUUAAGUUGAACGUGAAGGCCGUGAUUGUGCGACUGUGACAGUAGUGACGCUGACGCAUGUAUGAAUUAUACGAUAUCGUAAGACGAUAGUAGAUUCAAAAAUGAAUAAUUUUUAAAAUAUAUAGGGUAAAUGCAUUUACACCAAAUACAUCGUUUCAUUGCUUGCGAUAAACAGUGAAUGAUAUCCAAGACAGAUGACAAUUUUGUUCGAAUUUGUACGAUAAAUUCAACUCCGAAAUAAUAAUGUAAUUUUAUAUCAUUUUUCCUAAUGUAAUUUUAUAUCAUUUUUCUGACGUGUGAAUAGUGAAAGAUAAUUCUCAUAAUUCGUAGAAUAUGAAUGUGAUGGUGUAAUCCCGCGUAACUGUGCAAAAGGGAGUAGUGUCAGUUUUCUUCAUCUCUAAUCAUUGGGCAAAAUUACCUAUAUAAUUGUUUCUCUACCUUUCCUGGAUCACGGGACUAUCUGUACCGCGGAUGAAAGUUAAUGUUAGCUAACUGACGCUGAGGAAACUGGACAUAACUGAGUCAUAAUGGAUCUUGUUAAACUAGGAUUACGGAAGAUCGGGAAGAAUCCUUCGUGAGAGUUCUCUCAGUUCGCAAACACGCAACAGUUAGGCGCCGCUGGCAGGUGCACUUGGAACAAGAAGCGCGCGAAAGAAGACGAGAAGGCAAGGAGAAGGCCAAAGAGACGAAGAAGAAGAACCCAGAAAAUCAGCCGUCGAGAGAGUAGCGCGCGUGUAGGGCCCCCUACGGCGAUAAGGCGAGGCCCGGAAGACGUGGAGGGAACGACGUAUGUAUCGCGCGGGGCCGGUUGCGCGGACCGGGCCCGCCGUCGUUCGUGAGAGACCGCGCGCUGACCCAGAUUUUGGCGGGUCGAACCGGCGCGAAGAGACUGCGACGGACUUUCUGAAAUGGGACACGGCGCAGCCUGGAGCUAAAUUAGCCGCGAUGUCCAAUAAGAGUAAGUCCCAGCCGCAGCAGCAGCAGCAACAGCCGCAACACCAGCAGCAGCAGCAGCAGCAUCAUCCUCCGCACGUGAUCAAGCCAGUGGACCAGCUGCCGCCGCGCUAUCAACCCCCGCCGCAACCCACCAGCGGCAUCCUGAAGAAUCAUCUUCACUUCGCCAGCGGAGUUACGUCGGCGCCGAAUUCGGCCCAGGCCGGCAACAGUCAAGGUCCGGGCGCGGCCUUGAACCAUCAUCAGAGCACGCAGCCACGCACGUUGCCGCCGCCAUCGACCUUGCAGCAUCAUCCGCAACAGCAGCAGCAUCAACCACAACAAUUGACGCAAUCACAACAGCAAGUACAGCAACAAGCGCCGAAAGAUGCGCAAAGUAAGUACUCACCGAGGAUAGAACAUCAUCAUCAUUCGCAACCGGGUAACGCGUUAAUUACUGCUACGUCGGUCGCAUCGUCUAAAAGUCAACAACAGCAGUUGCCAAACUACUUUCAACAAGCUAAGAUCAAUCAAGGUUCAUACUUGCCACCUAGUAGCCAAUACCCGGCAGUGAACAGUGGCCAGAGUGCGUCUAUUAGGCAGAGGAUCAGCGACGACGAAUUUCUGCGACUCGGCCCUGUGGAGAUGCUCAAGUUCGUACGGAAGACCGAGAGUGACAUAGCUAGGCUUGCCGCCGAGCAGAAUCGCCAGAUACAGAGCUUGUUGAACGAGCUGCGGGCGCUCAAGGAGGCCAACCAAAGACUGAAUGACGAUAAUCAGGAGCUACGCGAUCUCUGUUGCUUUUUAGACGACGAUCGACAAAAGGGUCGUAAGCUAGCGAGAGAGUGGCAAAGAUUCGGCCGAUACACAGUGAGCGUUAUGCGACAAGAGGUUUCGGCCUAUCAGAACAAGUUGCGUCAGUUGGAUAACAAGCAGCAAGAGCUGAUUAAAGACAAUCUGGAGCUCAAGGAGUUGUGCUUGUAUCUUGAUGAAGAACGCGGUGGCGGUCAAAGGGAUGACGGCGAUGGAUCGAGUUCGAGCACAAACGCCGAGGAAACCACGUUACCGAGGCCAAGGCAAACUUCCACAUUUAACGAUCAAACGAUGCAAUAUGUAAGGAGUUUAGAGCAACGGGUGAAACAAUUAGAAGAAGACAAAAGCAUUCUCCAAGCUCGUGCUCAAGGUUGGGAAGUACCACCAGGUGAAGUUUGGGAUAGUUCCGCGAGCCCGAACGACAAUACUCAUGGUUUAGGAAGUCGCCCAGAGGCUGUAGUGCGCGCUCUUCAGGUUCUUGAAGUCAGAGAACAACUGGAAAGAGAAGAAGGUCAUGAUGGAGAGAAAGCGCUAGUUAGAGAAAUGUGUAAUGUUGUCUGGCGAAAAUUGGAAGAGGGUCCGCAAGCGAGGCACUAACGAUCGUAUCGGAAAGACGAUUGUUUGUCAAUUCGAAUAUUAUUAAUACAAAGCGAUAAGAUCUAACAUACGUCCGAGACGUAACAUUAGUAUUAUAGUGAGUAAAUAUUUUACAAAUAUUUUAUGUAUAGACUUUUUUGUAUGUGUAUGUACAAUUAUUUCAAUGUGAGAAUACCGAAAAUAUCUAUAUAUUUAUACAAAUGUAACAUCGUUAGCUUGUCCAGAUUGACUGUUUUAACAAAGUAUUUUUAUUAUAUAAUGUUUAUGAU